CCGGGCCGCCGGCCUCUCUUUACCUUCUUUCCAAAUCCCAUUCACACCACGGUGCUGUUGCGUUCACUCUCUCUGAGCAAUCGCUCGUUACAUUCCUUGUCUACAUAGACAUCACCUUCUUUUCAGCAAUCAAAGCAAUAGCCCUGGUAGGCCGCCAUUCACACUCGAUUCCCGCGCUCGACGCUGCACAUACACGCUUCGCUAUAUACCAACCUCAGAGCCUUUUAACGUCAACCCCAAACUUCGUACCAGAGUCGCCAUGUCUUCCCCAAUGAAGCUCAGCCUUUUGGCUCUCAUCUCCUCCGUCGCCGCUGUCCCUCACUACGCACACAGCAGAUAUCACAAGCCCUCUGCUCCCAGCGGCGUUGCUCCCAGUGGAUCUCCCCUCUACCCUACCGGUGGUUUCCCUGGAUCCAACAGCACUGUCCCUUACCCAACUGGCACUGGUGUGUCCGUCCCUGGCGAGAAGACUACCACUCUUCACGAGACUUUGUACUCCACCGAGACCAUCGUCUCUACCAUCUACGCCACCAGGCCUGCUCCUGAGGCUCCCUCCUCCGUCGGUGCCGUAGAUGUCUCCACUGGUGCCCCAGUCUGUGGCCCUGCCACCGUCUAUGUGACUGAGACCGCAAAGGUCACUCUCACCGUUGGUGCUACUCCUUCUUCCUCCAGUGCUGCCGAGGCCGUGUCUUCUGAGGCCGUUACUUCUGCACCUCCUUCUGCCUACCCAGUUGCCCCUGCUCCCUCAUCCAGCAGCCUCAAGCUCAGCCUCUCCUACAAGCCUGUCGAGGGUGUCUACUCCGCGCCUGCUGAGGCCCCGGCUCCUUCUUCUUCUGAGGCCGCCCCCGUCUCCAGCGCUCCUGCUGCCACUUCCUCUGAGGUUGUGAAGCCCACUGGAUCUCCAUCCUACUCUGGUGGCAAGCGUGGUCUCGCUUACAACGACGCUGAGCUCUGCUCUGCUUUCAGCGGCGGUAACUUCGGUUUCGCUCACAACUGGGACAAGGCUCCUGGAGGCGAGCUCCCCGAAGGCGUUCAGUUCAUCCCCACCUGCCACCGCCCCGCCCUCUACGAGACCGAGGAGCAGGCCAAGACUUGGUUCUCUGCUGUCGAUGAUGCCGUUAAGAGCGGCAGCAAGGCCAUCCAGGGUUUCAACGAACCCGACGAGCCCACUCAGUUCCCCAUCUCCACCGACAAGGCUUGCUCUGAGUGGAUCAGGCUCAUGAACCCUGCUGCCGAGGCCCACCCCGACCUCACUGUCCUCUCCCUCUCCGUCACCAACGGAGGCGAGGCCCACAAGGGUUUGAACUACCUCAAGACCUGGGCUGACAGCUGCCCCGAGGCCGUCUGGCACGCCGCCAGCAUCCACUUCUACGACAACUACGAUGCCGAUGUCAUCAACCGCUUCAAGGCUCACGUCGAGAAGGCUGCUGGCAUGUUCAACAAGCCCGUCUGGGUCACCGAGUUCUCCUUGAACAAGGGAACCGCCACCGAGGAGCAGGCCGCCUCUUUCGUCAAGGAGGCCGCCGCCUACCUCGACAGCGCUGAGCACGUUGCCGGAUACUCCUACUUCAUGGUCGGCACCGGCGAGUACCAGCUCAACUCCGCUAGCGGUCUCUCCGCCGUCGGUGAGGCUUACAAGUCCGCCUAAGCGUGUUCAGACUAGGGUGGAGUGAAUUAUUUGUGCAUAUUACAUCGGCGCUCGUUCAUAUAUGAAAAACUAACCGGGGAUUUUCAAUACGGGAUCUAUCAUUGGGAAUUACA